AUGACGGAAGACAAAUCUGCUCCAGCCCCAAAGUCCUAUGUGGCGAGAGUACUACUCGUAAUCUUUGCCAUGGUCCAGAUCACCUUGGCGGCUGGUUUGAUCAUCGGUUGGCCCGGAAUUGCUGGAUCUAUGCUGGUGGAACCUCUUGAAAACGGAGGAGCGGGUCUUACAUUGGAUCAAACAACUCAGCUAUAUGGCUUGGCUGCCGCUGUCAAUUAUGUGGCGCCACUUUUCUUGGGACUGGUGUUGGACAAGUUUGGUCCUAGAGCCUGUUCGGUUCUGUCAAAUGCCAUUGUUUCGAUUGGAUUGGCCAUCUUUUCGUCAGCAUCUUCCUUUUCAACCUUUGCUCUUGGUAUAUGCUGCGUGGCCUUUGGUGGGCCAUCGGUCCAACAGUGUUUGCUUCAUAUUGGAAACAUAUUCGCAGAACGAAGAUACUUUGUCAUGGGAAUUGUGGCCGAGUCCAUCACCUUGUCGUUUGCAAUCUUUCCAGUGAUGGACAUCAUUUGGGAGCACGGCUAUGGCUUUCGGAUACUCUUUGCUGGUCUAGGUGUGCUGGUAUUUCUAUCAACAAUUGGCUCACUGUUACUAUGGCCGGAUGCUCCUUAUGAAAUUCCAAAGUCCGAUGAUGCCAAUGAGGAGAAGGAAAAAGGGGACGAUGAUCCAGAUAAGGAUUUGAAAGAAGCAUCCUUCUUUGAUCAGUUAUCUAGUGGAGUAUAUUUGCGACUAUGUAUAUUCUUUGUUGUGACAAGCUGGUGGGGGAACUUUUACAUUGCGACAGUCACGGUCGAGUUGGGAGACCAAGGAAUCUUUGAUGCUGAGAUGCAGCAUACUUUAACCAGAUGGCUUAGUUUUCUAGACGCCGGUGCUAUCAUUGCAGCGCCACUUAGUGGAUACAUGCUAGACUCGGUUGGCUUUGCUCCUACGGCCGUUGUCACUAUUGCUUUGGGAAUUCUACAACAAGUCGGGCUAUUGGUGGCGGGGUCCAGUUCUCAUGUUAUGAUUGGCAGCUUUACAGCAUAUGCAGUAUAUCGAGCAUUCCUGUUCCCUUACUUUUUCGCGUCCCUGUCCAGGCGAAUGGGAUUUCGAUUUUUUGGAUUCUUGUCAGGGAUAUCCUUUUGUAUCUCUGGAUUCACACAGUUUGGGGUCGCGCCAGUGGCUUUGGUGAUUGAAGGAGACUGUCAUAAAAUUGAGGAUUAUACCACUGGACAAGAUGUGAAUUGCAGUGAAGGAAGCUGGGUCACUGCUCACUGGCUUCAGAUCAUAAUUCUAGCUCUACUGCUUCUCGUUCCUUUUCUGAAUGUUCGGUUGGAGCAACCAAAACGAAUUCAAAACCCAGAGGAGGAGUCCACCUCCUUUUUGCCAUCCUCGUCAUCAGAGUACGGAUCAAUCAAAAGUGGUCCAUAG